GAGAGAGAGAGAGAGAGAGAGAGAGAGUUGGAAAGUGGAUGGAAAGGGCAGGAACAUUCACUGGAGCAACAUCUGCGACUCUGCAGCUUUCCAAAGCUUCUGCAGCCUAGUACACUGCGGAACCACGGCCAUGGCACACCUAUGAGGAUGUAAGAGGGACUUCAUUCAGCAAGAAUCCAGCUCUGCACACGCUGACUUUGGAACUGGAAUUUCACUGUCUGACACUGUAAAUGGAUUCCGUGUGCGAUUGGCAAAGAAGUAGCAAUAUCCAGUUCUGAGAAAGAGCAAGUAGGAGGGGAUAUGGCAACUGGCUCAUAUAAAUGGUGGUACAAAACUGAGGCUUCGUGCUUCAGGAUCAUUGGUUGCAAAAUGAGAUCCAUGCAUUUUGUCUUUUGGUGUAUGCACUUCAUGUUUCUUCACUUAUUUUGCGCAGCCCAAGACAAGGACAUGAGAUUAAGUUGCAGAACAGCUCCAAGUGACUUAGUAUUUAUACUUGAUGGCUCAUGGAGUGUGGAUGACACAAAUUUUGAAAUAGUGAAACGGUGGCUGAUGAACAUUACAAUCAGCUUUAACAUUGGCCAGAAGUUCACCCAAGUUGGGGUGGUCCAGUACAGUGAUGAACCUGUUUUACACAUACCCCUGGGAAAACAUUACUCAACCAAUGACCUAAUCAAAGCCAUGGAGGACAUAGAAUAUAUGGGGGGCAACACCAACACUGGAAAAGCUAUCAAGUUUGCUAACGAGAAACUGUUUGCACUAUCAGAGCGUGGUCCGAAUGGGGCUUCAAAAAUCGCAGUGGUUAUGACAGAUGGGAAGUCACAAGAUGCAGUGAUGGAAGCUGCAGAGGCGGCAAGGAAAAAAGGGAUAAUACUUUUUGCAAUUGGUGUUGGGUCAGAGACAGAGGAGACAGAGCUGAAAACAAUUGCCAACAAGCCGUCCUCAACCUAUGUUUUCUAUGUGGAAGACUAUAAAGCCAUCUCCAAGAUCCGUGAAGUUAUUCGACAGAAGCUGUGUGAAGAGACUGUAUGUCCAAACAAAAUACCAAUUAACUCUCGGGAUGAGAAGGGAUUUGACAUUCUGUCUCACCUGAAAUUGGCCAAAAACGCUAAAAAGACACAAGGAUCACUUUAUGGAAUUAAAGCCUACCAAGUGACGCCCAAAGAUGAUUUAACGGAGGAUACAAGGACACUGUUUCCUGAUGGGCUUCCACCUUCUUACGUGUUUGUGGCCACACUUAAAUACAAGGGUUCUCUCCUAACAGAGGACUGGGAUCUCUGGAGAAUACAGACUAGGGAUGGAGAGUCUCAAAUGGCAGUUACUUUGAGUGGUUUGAAGAGAACAGUUAUGUUCACUACUACAAGCACUGCUCCAAGCGGAAUACAGACAGUGGUCUUCAGCAAAUCACCAGCAAAGAGGCUCUUUGACGAAAGGUGGCAUCAGGUUCGUCUUCUGGUAACAGAGGAAGAUGUAACGCUUUAUGUUGAUGACUUGGAAAUUGAAAGCUUGCCCCUGGAACCCCCUGCUGGCAUUUUUAUCAAUGGAAAGACCCAAGUUGGGAAAUAUGUCAGAAAAGAAACAACUGUUCCUUUUGAAAUUCAGAAACUACGAAUCUACUGUGACCCCGAGCAGAAUAACAGGGAAACUGCUUGUGAAAUACCUGGAGUUAACGGAGAGUGUGCCAACGGGUUUGCUGAUGAUAUUGAUCCUACCCCAGAGCCAUGCAUCUGUCCACCUGGGGCACCUGGAACUCCAGGCCAAAAGGGAGAGCCAGGAAGAGCUGGGGAUCCUGGGAGACCUGGUCUUACUGGUGCUGAUGGUAAGCCUGGUCUACCGGGGCCAAGAGGAAGCGCUGGCCUUCAAGGUCCUCCUGGCAUGAUGGGGCUUCGUGGAGCAGAUGGAUACAAGGGUGAUAAAGGAAGUCUUGGGGAACCUGGUGAAAGAGGUAUCCCAGGGUUACCUGGCCCUCCAGGUCAACCAGGUGAAAAGGGAGCAACUGGCUCUCAAGGUGGGCAAGGGAUACCAGGAAAAGAUGGGGAACAGGGUGAAAAGGGAAGCAGUGGACCUACUGGUCCAACCGGAUAUCCAGGACAACCUGGGCUACAUGGAAGAGAUGGAAAAGACGGAAUUCCAGGAGGGCUAGGGCAAAAGGGUGAGACAGGUGCUCCUGGCCUUCCUGGACAAGAUGGACGAGAAGGACAUCCAGGACGGCCAGGAACGCCCGGAGGUGAAGGACCGACAGGAUUAAAGGGUGAGAGUGGAUUGCCAGGACCAAAGGGAGCAAGAGGCUUACCAGGGGAAAAUGGCGAGAUGGGUUUGCCUGGAAUACUUGGUCCAUCCGGAUUACCUGGAUCUAAGGGCAGUAAAGGAGACAACGGAUUGCAGGGUCAACCCGGGCUACCUGGAAAACAGGGUGAACCUGGAGAACCAGGAAACGAAGGACAGACAGGUCAUCCUGGAAUGCCUGGUAUAACUGGACCCAAGGGGGAAACAGGAGGCCCAGGUGAAAGAGGGGAAGAGGGGUUAAAAGGUGACAAAGGAGAUGCAGGAGAACCUGGCCGCAGUGGUCUAACUGGGCUGUCAGGACAAAAAGGAGAGAAAGGGACAACAGGAGAGCCUGGACAGGCAGGACAUAUAGGCCACCAGGGACAGCCAGGACAGCCAGGACAGCCAGGUCCUCCUGGGUCCAGAGGACAGAAUGGGGACCCUGGACAACCUGGACCACCUGGACAUGAAGGCCGACCUGGGAGAGAGUUGUCUGAGCAGCGCAUUCAGCAGAUUUGCAGAGAGGUCCUUCGAUCAGAGAUUCCCUCACUUCUUCUUAGUACCCAACACAGCCAACAGAGAAGUUGUGAACACUGCCACACAAGGCUGGGACCUCCAGGGCCAGCAGGGCCAAUUGGUCCCAAGGGUUCCAGAGGAUUUUCCGGAGUACCAGGAUCACAUGGAUUGCAGGGACAUCGAGGUUUUCCUGGGCGGCCUGGGAUUCCUGGCAUGAAAGGUGAUCCAGGAGAAAGGGGUGAAAAAGGAAAUCAAGGACGGUCAGGAGUCGGAGAUCCAGGUCAACCAGGACUUCCAGGUCCAAUGGGUCCCCCAGGUAUCAGCAAAACUGGUCAUCCAGGUACACCUGGCUUACCUGGACGGGACGGGGAACAGGGAAAGAGUGGAUAUCCAGGAGAACCUGGGUCACCAGGUGUGUGUCACCCAUCUAUGUGUUAUAGUGUUUUAAGAAGGGACCCUUUUUUUAAAGGGCCAAACUAUUGAAUUAGACCUGGAUGAAACAGGCCAGUCUGGAUUUGGUGCUCAGAGAAUGUGAGAAAAGUUAACUAACAGCCUUUAUAAACUCAGGAUGAUCAUACUCUGAAGGGUGUCUCUAAGGCAUAAAGUCAUUAAGUACCUCUAAUAGUGUAAAUAAAUACGUGCAUCCCUGUGUGUAUGGAUCAUUACAUGGUUUCUCAAUGGCACAAACUGUCUCCAUUCAUUGUCUCUCAUAAUCAUGAAGAAUGCAAUCAGAGCUGCAAAGUUACUUUCGUAUGGGGUAAAAUACAUCAGACAAACGGUAGCAUCAAAUGUCUGAAGCACUUAAAAGCUUACAGACGUUCAAGUGAAUGCGCAACACUACUAAUUUUCUGAAUCUCUAGCACCCUCCAGUGUAUGUCUGUAGCUUUUCACCACUCCCAUAGAUUUUUAUUUAACAUGUUCAAGAUAUGUGCUGUGUAGCUAGUCAGCAUUUUGUACAUUUUCAGCCUUUUUUUUUCCAUAGCUCAAAUAUAAACCAUAAACCUGCAUGCUGAAAAGUGACUUUCUGCUAAUCUGUUAAAUGAUGCUUUAUUGUUUUUUGCCUCAUUUCAUUGUCAUGGGAGAAAUAUUAUAGCCAAUGAUGAUGAUGAUGAUGAUUAUUAUUAUUGUGGAUGACAAAUGUGAGCUUUGUAUAAAGCAGUUGUUUACUGUUAGGAAAACUGUUUUUUCCCCCAACAUGCCUUUUUAACAGCUAAGACAAAUUUUUAAGUAUUGUUUUCAUUUGUCUUUAAAAAGCAUAAUAAUUCCACAUUUUAAAUUGUUUUUGAUAUGUUAAAAUGUUCUUGUUUUGUUUGUCUUUUGUGACUUUCAGUUCAAUGUUAAUAAUAUUAAUUAAACCCCAUU